AUGUCAGAGAACGACGACUUCUCACUUAGAGAGACAUGUCCGAAUAUCGGUGGCGGAAGAUCAAAUUCCGGCGGCGAAAUGGUGACGUCGUCAUCAUUCGAUCUAGUGGAACGAAUGACGUUUCUCUACAUCCGGAUCCUCAGGGCACAAGCUUUACCAUCCAACGAAUCAUUCAUCGAAAUCACAAUCGGAAACUACAAAGGAAGAACGAAACAGAGCACAAACCCUAACGCAAGCCCUGAGUUUCACGAAGUUUUCGCCUUUAACAAAGAUCGUCUCCAAGGGAACGUCUUGGAAGUGGCUGUGAAGGCAAACGAAGAAGAGACAAUCGGUAAAUGUAAAUUCGAAGUCGCUGAGAUUCCGACACGCGUCCCUCCGGAUAGUCCAUUGGCUCCUCAAUGGUAUAGAUUAGAAGAUGGAAAUGGAAACAGAUUUGGAGGAGAGGUUAUGUUGUCUGUAUGGAUGGGGACACAAGCCGAUGAGGUUUUCCCUGAAGCUUGGCACUCAGAUUCCGUUACGGUGAACGGAGAAAACGCGGUGAUCGCGAGGUCUAAAGUGUAUCUGUCUCCGAGGCUAUGGUAUUUGCGAGUGAAUGUCAUCGAGGCUCAAGAUUUAGUUCCUUUGCAAGGAAACAGAACGAAUCCAGAGGUUUUUGUAAAAGGGUCUCUAGGGAACAUUGCUGUGAGGAGUAACGUUUCGCAGACGCGUACAUUGAGUCCAGUUUGGAAUGAGGAUUUGAUGUUAGUGGCGGUUGAGCCGUUUGAAGACAGUUUGAUACUUAGCUUGGUGGACAAGGUAGGUCAAAGAGAAGAAGUUUUAGGGAAAUGUGAGAUAAACUUAUCUCAGGUUGAGAGAAGAGUGUUGCCUGGACCUGUACCGGCUCUUUGGUACAACCUCGAGCGUACCGGAGAAGAAGGAGGAGGAGGAGUAUUCGCCGGGAGGAUUCAUUUGCGAGUAUCAUUGGACGGAGGCUACCAUGUGCUUGACGAGACGAUUCAAUACAGCAGUGAUUACAGAGCUUCAGCUAAAACUCUAUGGACUCAAGCGAUUGGUGUGUUGGAGCUUGGAGUCAUAAGUGCGUCCGGUUUGAUGCCGAUGAAGUCACGGGACGGUCGAGGAACGACGGAUGCGUAUUGUGUGGCGAAAUACGGGAGGAAAUGGGUGAGAACGAGGACGAUCGUCGAUACUUUUAGUCCCAAAUGGAACGAGCAGUAUACUUGGGAGGUUUAUGAUCCUUGUACUGUAAUAACCGUGGCGGUUUUCGACAACGUGAAUAUGAUGUUGGUACCUGAAAACAACAACGGAAGAAGAUCAGGACCGGUGGAUUCGAGGAUCGGUAAGAUCAGGAUUCGUUUGUCCACACUAGAAACAGACAGGAUCUACACACAUUCGUAUCCGCUCAUUGUUUUGAAACCGGACGGUGUGAAGAAAAUGGGAGAGAUUCAACUCGCGGUUCGGUUCUCAUCUACUUCAACGAUCGAUAUGCUUCAGAAAUACUCAGAGCCUUUGCUACCUAAAAUGCAUUACCUAAUGCCAUUGUCUCUACGCCAGCUAGAGGGUCUUAGGUAUCAAGCAAAUCUCAUACUUUGUAUGAAGCUAGGCAGGACCGAGCCGCCUCUAGGACGUGAUGUGAUUGAGUAUAUGCUCGAUUUCGGACAUAACUCAUGGAGUAUAAGAAGAGGAAGAGCAAAUUUCGCGAGGCUUGUCGGUUUCUUCUCAGCGUUUUGCGAUUCUUGGACUUGGUUUGAUUCGGUUUGCAAAUGGAAGAGUCCGGUAACGACGAUUCUUGCACAUUUCAUCUUCUUGUUCAUUGUGUUUCUACCUAAGCAUUGCGUUACCUCUCUGCUAUUGUAUUGCUUCGUGAUCGGGUUUUAUCGGUAUCGUUUGCGACCUAGACAUCCUCCUCACAUGGAUAUAAAGCUGUCUCAGGCUGAUUCUGCUUCACAUGAUGAUCUCGACGAGGAGUUUGAUGGGGUUCCGACCACGAAAAGUGGAGAUUUGUUGAAGUCAAGGUACGAUAGGUUAAGAGAUAUUGCAAGGAGGAUGAUGAUGGUUUUAGGUGAUUUGGCUACGCAAGGAGAGAGAGUGAAGAAUCUUUUGAGUUGGAGAGAUCCUAGGGCAACGUUUCUCUUCUCCACGUUUUGUUUGGCUGCUUGUGGAGUAAUCUUCUUAGUCUCCAUGAAACUGCUCAUGACUUUGCUUGCGUUCUACGUCAUGAGACAUCCUAGGCUUAGGGUUUUUGAUAUACCUUCCAUUCCUCAAAACUUCUUUAGGAGAUUGCCUUCAAGAGCUGAUAGUAUGUUGUGA